AUGACAGGUCGUUUGCUUUCGGCGCUCGUGCUCGGCUUGGGUGUGACAGGUGCUGUUGCAGCUCCCAAUGCCAAACGGACGUCUAGCCAUGGUCAUCAGUUGAAGAUCAUCUCCUACAAGGAGACACCCAACGGCUUUCGCAGCUCCGCCCGUGGAUGGAACUCGUUCGGCAUCCAGGCAAACCCGCUGACCCUCCCCAGCUUCAAGUUUGACCAGGAGCAUGUCAUUGAGCAAUGCGACCACCUUGUUGGCCUCCCUGGAUACGACACUUGCAGCUUGGACUCGGGUUGGUCUGUUGGAGAUCACGGCGAUGAAUACGGCCGUAUCCUCUACGACAACACCACCUUCAACAUCCCCGCCUUGGCAGACCAUCUCCAUAGCAAAGGCUUGAAGUUGGGCGUCUACAUUGUGCCCGGUGCCUUCUUGGAAGAUGUGAACAAGACCAUCAUUCACACAAACACCAAGAUUGGUGAUGUUUGCCAUGGUAACGAGGGCCUUAUCCGAUGCAUCUUCGACUACACACGGCAUGAGACACAGCUGUGGCACAACUCCUGUGCUGAUCAGUUUGCUAAGUGGAAAGUCGAUUUCGUCAAGCUGGACUUUGUCACUCCUGGAUCGCCCGACAAUGGUCAGAUGCUCCCUCCUGAUGGAAGCGGCUCCGUCAUUGCAUGGCACAAGGCCAUUAAGCAAACUGGCCGCAAGAUGCGCCUGGACAUCUCCUGGAAGCUUGACCGGACUCAGAAGUACUUCAACAUCUGGAACUCGAAUGCCGACUCCAUGAGAACCGACCAGGAUCUCAACAACAGCCAGCAGCCCACCUUUGUGGCAUGGGCCACGGUUCAGCGAGCCUUUGACAACUAUCGUCAAUGGAUCAUUGCUGGCCUGGAGUUCUUUGACCACCUGAACAUCUAUCCCGACUUGGACAACCUCCUCGUCGGCAACAACGCCACUGUCUCCGGAAUCACGGACGCACAGCGACAGACGGUCAUGACACACUACAUCGGAGCGGGUGCCAAUCUCAUUCUCGGCUCUGACCUCACCCAUCUCGACAGGUUUGGCCGGAACUUGCUCACCAACAAGGCGGCUCACGACGUUGCCGACUUCACUGCACAGUACCCCAUGCAACCCCGCAACCCCGGCACGGGAGGACAGGGUGCCAAGCAGCUGCAGGCCUGGAUCGCAGGCCCUGCGCCAAACGGAAAGGCCGUUGUUGUCCUCGCCAACUACGGACCCGAUCUCGGCCAGGGUGGAUUUAACGGCACCAGCACCGGUGACGAGUGGGUUUCGGCUUCAUGGGAGGAUCUGGGUAUCAAGGGAACCUAUAGCGUCCACGAUGUCUGGAACAACAAGAGCCUGGGCAAGCAGAAGAGCGGCGUCAAGGCGAAGCUGGGGCCUGGUGAAAGCGUUCUGUUGACUCUGACUCGGGCAUAG